CAGCCAUAACCAGCCAUAGCCACAUAGCACAUAUUCGUUCGUUUGCGUGUUGAUUUGUGCUUGUGCUCUGGUUGCUUUAGGCGCGAUGGCUCUGGAAAGUGUUUUAAAAGUAAAUAUUCAUGCUGGGUUUGGCAAAGCUGACCUAGAUCAAGACGAUUUGGUAAACUUUAAAGAUGUGAUCAGCACGAACUUUCGCCACCACUCUCAGUUGGCCAUGCCGCCGUUCCCUGACCCGAGUCAGACCCUAAAGUCUUUCGAAGAUGACGGUGUGAAGGGAAUCAAGAUUCGUUUUGACAAAGGCACGACAACACUCGGCUUUAUAUUCAAGCAUGGUGUGGUCAUAGCCGCUGACUCGCGAGCUACCGCUGGUAGCUACAUUGGUUCUCAGACUAUAAAGAAAAUUAUCGAGAUAAACAACUACCUCUUGGGAACCAUGGCUGGUGGUGCAGCUGAUUGUGUCUACUGGGAGAGAGUCCUUGCAGAAAGAUGCAGAAUAUAUGAACUGAGGAACCGAGAGAGGAUUUCUGUUGCUGCUGCAUCCAAGUUGCUAGCUAACAUUCUGUACAACUACAAAGGAAUGGGUCUGUCAUUGGGUGUCAUGAUCACAGGGUGGGACAAACGUGGUCCUGGUCUUUACUAUGUGGACAACGAGGGCAAUCGACUCUCAGGAAACAUGUUCUCUGCUGGAUCAGGCUCCACUUUUGCGUACGGUGUAUUGGACAGCGGAUACAGCUAUGACAUGGCUGAGGAUCAAGCGUAUGAUUUAGCACGCAGGGCUAUUUAUCAUGCCACUUUCCGUGAUUCUUCCAGUGGAGGCAUUGUUCGAGUGUACCAUGUAACCGAAGAUGGCUGGAAACACAUCUCUGAUGAUGACUGCAAGGACCUCCAUGAGAAAUUUGAGAAAGAAAAAUUGCAGUGAGAUUGGUCUUUAUGUACUGAACAUUUGUUUGCUGACAUGAACAAUAAAGUGUUUGGAGACAUCA